AAGCACUCGAUAUUGAAAACUAAAAAUAUUUUAAUAUUAUCGCUCAAAAAAUAGUAGUAUUUUCACACAUCUUCAUUAAUUGUAAAUAUGAAAUUUACGGAGAGACUUUCCGCAUUUUUGACGCCAGAAUGGCGUAGUCAAUACAUCAAUUACGAGCAACUAAAAGAGAUGAUCUUAAUAGCGGUUGACAAUGCGCCCACCGAUCAAUCAGAACUACGCGCAAUUCAGUCAUAUCAAGCCGUCUUCGAUGACAAAUUCUUCGAGCGCUGCGAUAUGGAACUGCAAAAGGUCAACACCUUCUUCGCUGAAAAGUUAGCCGAAGCUAAACGCAAACAUGUUGCCUUGACGAAUGAGCUUAAGAAAUCGCUGAGCGAAGCUGAGCAACGCGGCCGCAUCUCAAUACCAGAUCUCUUAACAGUGUUAUCAAAGAGUAAGAAGAAAGACUAUCGCUUCGCUUUCAGUGAGUUGUAUCUCAGCCUAGUGCUGUUGCAGAACUAUCAAUCAUUGAAUCACACAGGAUUUAGAAAGAUAUUGAAGAAACAUGAUAAGUUACUACGCAAUACCACCGGCAAGGAAUGGUUUCAAGCGAAUGUCGAUACAGCAUUCUUUUACACCAAUCGUGAGAUAAUGAAUCUGAUACACGAUACCGAGGAUGUUGUGACCAACUAUUUGGAGAAUGGUGAUCGUCAGCGCGCUAUGAAGCGUUUGCGUGUACCACCGCUCGAAGAGGUACACCAUCCGUGGACUUCGUUCCGUGUUGGCGUUUAUUUGGGCGCUUUGGUAGUACUCUUCACAGCACUUGGCAUUUCACUUUAUAUGACGGAUUUGGAUUCGACCAAUUUGGACGCCUGUAUCCGACUCUUUCGUGCCCCUUACUGCAUAGCUAUUUAUUUGGCUUUGAUUAGCAUUAAUAUCUACGGCUGGCGUAAAGUUGGUGUUAAUCAUGUGCUCAUUUUCGAAUUGGAUCCGCGGCAGUAUUUGACCGCUGCGAAUGUUAUGGAAAUGGCUGUCGCCUUGGCGGUAAUCGUUACGAUUGCCAUGAUCGCUUUCAUACACUCGGCUUAUUUGUAUACGCCACGCUUCGUCUUUCCAUUAACGCUGUUUAUCACUAUGGCCGUACUUUUAGUAAAUCCCUUACCGAUUCUAAAUUACUCUGCACGCAAGUGGUUCCUCAAAGUCAUGGGUCGCGUUAUGUGUGCGCCAUUUUUCCAUGUGGGCUUCGCCGAAUUCUGGUUGGGCGAUCAGCUGAACUCGCUCGCCUAUUGUGUGGUGGACUAUGCGUACACUAUCUGUUUUUACUGCACCAAUUUGGACUUGAAUAAUGCUUUUGAGCCGCAUGCAUGUCUGGCACGACAUCAGGUACUAUUCCCGGUGGUUUUGGUGGUGCCCGCUUGGUUUCGUUUCGCUCAGUGUUUAAGACGCUAUCAUGACACGGGUAAGGUUUUCCCGUUCAUCGUGAAUGCGGGCAAGUAUUCGAUGUCAUUUGUUGUGGCAUUUUUCGGCUAUUUCAUGGCCGGCACGCGUCACUCUUAUGAUUAUUUCUUUGAUAAUCCAUUUGUGUGGUUCUUUAUAAUAUCGAAUGUCAUGCAAACAGUUUACACUCUCGUCUGGGAUAUGAUUAUGGAUUUUGGUGUGUUCAAGAAGUUUAGUGGUGAAAAUAUCUUUUUGCGUGAUCAACUACUAUAUCCGGUGAGCUUCUAUUACUUUGCCAUUAUUGAGAAUUUUUUCUGUCGUAUAUUUUGGGCCCUCAAGCUUUACUUAUAUCAGCAAGACUAUAUGACUGUAUUUCAUAGCAAUUCGAUUGCCAGUGGACUGGAAAUGUUUAGACGUUAUGUCUGGAAUUACUUUCGUUUGGAGAAUGAACAUCUUUUCAAUGCGGGCAAAUUUCGUGCUGUACGCGAUAUCUUUGUAGCACCAAUUGAUCCAGACGAUGAAAUCCAAUUGCAACGCAUAAUGGAUGAAGUCGAUGGCACAACUAAUCGGUCUUCAGUUGAUAAUGGUAAUGGUAUUGACAUGAAAGAGGAUUGAAUAAAAAGAGAUUCGUUACGGAAGAGCAAUAAUGAUAAACAAUUUUAAAUUCUUACUGAAGAUUCCUCAUACUGUAUUCCUUAUAAAUAUAAAAAAAAAUUAUAUUCGUUUUAUUUAUUUUUU